AUGUAUUUGUAAGUGAGCGAGUCUUACCGUCGAAGGAAGCAUGGCAGAAUGUCCCGAAAGUAGUAGUGGUAGUACUGUCACAGUUAUUGAGGAAACGAAUGAGAGUCCAUUGCAACAGAGGCUUGUACUGAAACUAAAGAAACCCAAAUCAGAGAAGAAGGUGCAAUGGGAUGAAAGUGCAGUAGAUAACGAGUUUAUGGGAAAGAAAACAUCAAAAUGUUGUUGUAUUUAUUCAAAGCCCAAGAUGUUUGGAGACUCCUCAUCAGAAAGUGAUAGUGAGGAUGAUGGAUGUAAGCACAACUCUUACUGCACGGGCCACAAAAAGAAAGGCCACAGACAUAGUCAUGAUCAUAGUGACAAAGGAGAUGACCCUGCUACAUUCAAUUCCAACCCAAGUGUAAAAAGCUGAUUAUUUUGACCAAUACAAAACAUUUAUCUGAUAUUAUUUUAUUAACAUAGGUUAUACAAUAUGUAUAAAUGUACAGAGAUUAGUACAGUAGCCAACAUUGAUGUCUCUGUUAACAGUCAGACAUGGUUCCUUCCUUCAUCUUGCCAAACAGUGCAAUUAAUUGUCACUGUAAAAGAAAAUUUAACUUGGGAUAGAAUGGGAUCAUUAAAUAAUUCAAAUUGGGACCAGAAUUGUUGAACAAAUGAAAGUUAAUGUUAAGGAGGCAGUUACUGUUGAUAAUAGGCCAUUUUUUAUAUACUAAACUUCAAAAUUAGCUGAGAGGCUUGGGGGAAUAAAACAAAAGAAGUCACAUUGAGGUUAGGGUAUGAAUCAUAAACUUAUUUUAUUUCCCUAGCCCCUGAGCAAUGUUAGAAUUUUAAUAAUAGCCUAUUAAGAAUCGCCCUGAGUAAAUGAAAUAGGUGAAUUGCUGCUGAUUUCCCUAAAUGGGAUAUUUGUAAUCCAAACUCUUUUUGGAGCGAAAUGCCUGCAGUGUUAGUUUUCCUUUUUUUUGACAGUGUGCCUUAAGGCAUGACUUGUGGUGUAAACCAAAAAAUACUUUACUAACUGUUAUUUCGCUGGAAUUUGACUGAAACUGUUUAUCAUAAUUGUGUUAUCUCUGUGAUGGUUUAAGGAAUUCCCAAUCACAAAGCUCAGAUGUUUUAAGUAACUUUUGUAAAUAGCCUCCUUGAGGUAUUUUCAAUAACACCCUUUGAAUUAAAGUUACCUUCAAUUUUGUAAUGUUACACAA